UUCCCGGGGAGGUCCACGUGGGUUGGAGUGGCUCCGUUGACGCGCGCCUCGAUGGGGAAGGCGCAAAAGAGGCGCAACUGGCGGGCGCGGCUGCCAGGAUCGCCCAGGAGGGGGGGUCCCGCUCCCCAGGAGCCCGUGCAGCUGGAACUGGGAGAUGAAGCCAUUUUGAAAGGAGUGGAUGAGAGCAACGCCCUGGUUCUUCCAUCCCGAAAAAGCCAGGAGAAACCAGCAACCUGCUUUAAAAGUCCAGGAAAGAAACCCCUGACCAAGAAGCAGAAGAAGAAUUUGCAAAAGGUUUUGGAACAGAAAGCCAAGAAAGAAAAGCGAGCGGAAUUGCUGAAAAAGCUGAGCGAAGUCCAGGUGCCUGAAGCCGAAAUGAAGCUUCUCUAUACCACGUCCAAGCUGGGAACAGGAAAACGGAUGUUCCAGGCGAAAAGGUCAGUCCAGGAAGCAAAUGCCAGCUGGUCGAAGAAAAUCAAAAGCAUUGCGGGUGCCAGUAGGAAAAGAGGCAGACUUGAAUUGGAGGAGGAAGAGGUAGAAGAAGAGGAGGAGGAGGAAGAGGAGGAGGAGGAGGAUUCUGAGAAGGAAGAACAGGUUGGCAAGGCACUCCCAGAAGCCUCCACCACCACCACCGAGAUAGAAUCCACAAAGGUCUCCAAAUCUCCACCUUCUUUACCCAAAGAACUUGAUAAACCUUCUGGGCAAAGAAACACAACCUCUAAGACCACGUCUGAACCUGCAGUAUUUGUUCCAGUGGAUCGAUCCCCCGAGAUCCAGGAAGCCAGGUUGAAACUCCCAAUUCUUGGAGAAGAGCAGGUUGUAAUGGAAGCUGUGCGGGAGAAUCCCAUCGUCAUCAUAUGCGGGGAAACAGGUUGCGGGAAAACUACACAAGUGCCUCAGUUCCUCUAUGAAGCAGGCUACGCGAGCACCGGUGGCAUCAUUGGGAUUACAGAACCUCGGCGUGUAGCAGCGAUAUCUAUGUCUCAGCGAGUUGCAGCAGAAAUGAAUUUAUCCCAACAUGUGAUUUCCUACCAAAUCCGUUAUGAGGGGAAUGUGACAAAGGAGACGAAAAUCAAGUUCAUGACAGAUGGUGUGCUGUUGAAAGAAAUCCAGAAGGAUUUUUUGUUAUCCAAGUACCACGUCAUCAUUCUGGACGAAGCCCACGAGAGGAGCGUCUAUACCGACAUCUUAAUCGGUCUUUUAUCUCGCAUCGUGCCUCUUCGAGCUAAGAAAGGGCAGCUGCUGAAACUGAUCAUCAUGUCUGCAACGCUGCGGGUCGAGGAUUUCACCGCCAACCAGAAACUCUUUCCUGUUCCUCCUCCGGUUAUCCAGGUGGAUGCGAGGCAGUUUCCAGUCACUGUUCAUUUCAACAAGAGGACCCCGUUGGAAGAUUACCGUGGGGAAUGUUUCCGGAAAGUCUGCAAAAUUCACCGAAUGCUUCCUCCAGGGGGCAUUUUGGUGUUCUUAACCGGACAGGCCGAAGUCCAUUCCCUUUGUCGGAGGCUAAGGAAGUCCUUCCCGUUUUGCAAAAAUGCAACCGCGGGCUUUGAAUUUGAAGACGAUUCCGUAGAAGCCGUCAGAAAGUUUAAGAAAUCCAGGCAGAAAAAGAAACAUGCUCUUCAAUCCCUGCCCAAAAUUAAUCUGGAUAAUUAUUCCAUUCUGCCGAUUGACGAAGGGGAUGAAGAUCGAGAGGCCGCGGAAGACGACGAAGAAGCGAACUCGGCUGGUUCAGAUCUUGAUCUUGAUCUGGGUGAAAAUUGCCUGCAAGAAGGUGAAAAACCGGAUUCUUCCCACCCACUUUACGUUCUUCCUCUCUACUCUUUGUUGGCUCCUGAAAAGCAAGCCAAGGUUUUCAGGCCGCCUCCACCUGGGACCAGGCUGUGCGUCGUGGCUACCAACGUGGCAGAGACGUCACUCACCAUCCCGGGCGUCAGAUACGUGGUUGAUUGCGGGAAGGUCAAGAAACGGUUCUACGACAAAGUCACCGGCAUCUCGUCCUUCAAGGUUAUGUGGACGUCACAGGCUUCGGCCAACCAGCGGGCGGGACGAGCUGGCCGUACAGAGCCAGGACACUGUUACAGGCUGUAUUCUUCAGCUGUGUUCAGCGAUUUUGAGCCAUUCUCUGCUCCCGAGAUCACCAGGCGGCCUGUGGACGAUUUAAUCCUGCAAAUGAAAGCGUUGAACAUCGAGAAGGUAAUCAACUUCCCAUUUCCUACCCCUCCGUCCUCCGAUGCCCUGAAGGCCGCGGAGGAAUUGCUGAUCGCCCUCGGUGCCUUGAAGCCUCCCGCCACGUCUGGAAGGUUGGGAAAGCUGCAGGAAGCCAAGUUCAGCUGUCCCAUCAGUCCUUUGGGCGUCCUCAUGGCCUCCUUCCCAGUAGCCCCACGCUACGCCAAGAUGCUGGCCUUGAGCCAACAGCAUCACUGCCUGCCCUACACCAUCGCCUUAGUCUCGGCCUUGACGGUGAGGGAGCUGUUUGAAGAGUUCAACAGGCCUGCCCUGAAUGAAGAAGAUCAUGAGAACCUGAAAGGGAAGAGAGCCCGUAUGGCACAGAUGCAAAGGGUUUGGGCUGGCCAAGGACCUUCCCAGAAGCUGGGAGAUCUCAUGGUGAUGCUUGGAGCCGUGGGGGCUUGUGAGUAUGCAGGAUGCACUCCUCAUUUCUGUAGCUCCAAUGGCCUGCGCUACAAGGCCAUGGUGGAAAUCUGGCGGCUGCGCGGGCAGCUCACCACGGCAGUGAAUGCCGUUUGCCCGGGUUCAGAGCUCUUCGUUGACCCCCAAAUGAAGCCCCCCACAGAAGAACAGGCCACUUUCUUGAGGCAGAUUGUCCUGGCCGGAUUGGGAGAUCACGUCGCCCGAAGGAUCCAGGCGGACGAACUCCUUGAUGAGAAGUGGAAAAACGGCUACAAGACACCACUGCUGGACGAUCCGGUCUUCAUCCACCCCAAUUCCAUCCUGUUUAAGCAGCUCCCGGAGUUUGUGGUGUAUCAGGAAAUCGUUGAAACCACCAAGAUGUACAUGAAAGGGAUUUCGGCAAUUGAACCUGAGUGGAUCCCUCUUCUCCUGCCCCCCUACUGCCAUUUUGAAAAGCCCCUGGAAGAGCCGCCUCCAUUUUGCUGUCCCAAAACUGGCCAUGUCCGUUGCCACAGGCCCAGCGUCUUCUAUCGGGUCGGUUGGGCGCUUCCUGCGGUGGAGGUUGAUUAUCCCGAAGGCCUUGAUCGUUUCAAACAUUUUGCCAGGUUUCUCCUGGAAGGAAAGGUUGUGAAAUUGUUGGCGGCUUACCGCCGUUGCCUGCUGUCGAGCCCAGUCACGAUGCUGAAGACCUGGUCCAAACUUCAGCCCAGGACAGAAUCUUUGCUUCAAGCGCUCGUUUCUGAAAAUGCUGAUAACCGGGACACUUUACAGCUAGCCUGGAAGAAAAAUCCAAAAUAUUUAUUGGCUGAAUAUUGCCAGUGGGUUCCAGAAGUCACUCACGAGGGAAUUGCUAAAAUGUGGCCUCCGGUGCAUUGAUGCGGUGAAUGUUUGAGCCAGGAACUCUCCAGCUUGUGUUCUUCCCGAAAAGCCCAUGAAGAUUUUCCUGGGGAAAAGCAAGAUCCGUAAUUGCACAAGGAAAGGGAAGAAAGAUUAAACCUUUCUUCAUUUGUCAUCCCAAGGGGCAACGUGUGCAAUUUGUGACCUGCAAAGGAGCACAACACGUGAUAUUUGCGACCUGCAAAAAAUAAUAAUCGUGCAGAUGUUCAGCUGUGCUGAAUGCAGCAGCUGUCCAGUGAACAAAAACAAUGCACAUCAUUUCAUACAAAAAAAAUUCAGAGUUUUCCAACCUUGGGAACUUUUUAAGACUUCAACUCCCAGAAUCCUCCAGGCUUCUCUUGAGAACAGACUCUAUGGCUGCUCAUCCAAUAUUUCUCAACCUGAGCACUAUUUUAAGAAGUUUGGACUUCAAUUCCCAGAAUUCCCCCAGCUAGCAAAGUUUGGGAAACCCUGGAUUUCAGUGGCAAGGAUCUUGCAUUCCAUUAAGCAGCAUUUACGUUAAUCAUGGUUUUCUGGCUAAGCCACGGUGAUUAUGUUUUCCUCCAGAAACCUGGCUUAAAUAUACGUCCCAAUAGGUUGGUUCACACAAAUAACCUGAGCCACAAACAUAAAGAUUUAGCAGAGUAGAGCAUAUAUGCUCUUUAUAAAUUUCAACCAAACAACUAACUACAGUUAUUCCAAGUUUUGUAAGAGAUAAAUGUCAAGAAAGGGAAUAUUCUAAUAUGCCACCUCAUAUUGGAAAAAAACCUAUAGUUUUGAGUAUCUUUUUACCUAUUUCUUUACAUUUAAAAGACACUCAUCAUGGCAUUUUUCAGUUUGUAUCCACAGGGUGCCACAGCUAUUUGUAAAUAGCUGAAUGAA